GAAGGCGCGAGGCCUUCUGUGAAGUCCCGCCAUCUUUGAGAAGGCCUUCUCCUUCACACCUCCCCCAUUCGUUCGCCGCUGACUAGAAUCGCCCAACACGAUAGCGUAGAGCGUUGUAUUCCAGUGCGGGCUUGGUGGCGGCCUGGUGUUGGCAGUGUCGGCUGGUGUCGCCCGCGUUGCGCCGCCCCCCCCGGAGGCCCAGAUGGGCGGCGGCUUCCAGCUCCAGAACAGGCCGGGCGACUGGGACUGCCCGAACUGCGGCGACCACGUCUUCGCGAAGAACAACGUGUGCCGGCGGUGCGGCACGGCGAAGCCCCCGGAGGCGGGCCAGGCCAUGAGCGGGGGCCAGGUCGUGACGGGCGGCGGCUUCGUGCUGCAGAACCGGCCGGGCGACUGGAACUGCCCCGGCUGUGGCGACCACGUCUUCGCGAAGAACUCCACGUGCAGGCGGUGCGGCGCGCCGAAGCCAGAGGGCGUCACGCAGGCCGUGACCGGUGGGCCAGCAACCGUUGGAGGACCCGGUGGAAGCUUCGUUCUGCAGAACCGGCCGGGGGACUGGACCUGCCCGAACUGCGGCGACCACGUCUUCGCCAAGAACGACGUCUGCCGCCGCUGCGGCACGGUGAAGCCGGAGAACGCCCCGCAGGCCACGUUGCCGCAGCAGCCCGCGCCAGUCAUGGGGCAGCCGCCGCUGAUCGCCCAGCCGAUGGUGGUUUCGCAGACCCAGCCGAGCGCGGUGUUCGCCCAGCCCGGCGUAAUGGAUGCGUCGCAGGU